AGUUGAACACCGCCAUUAACUAUGGUUAAGAAACCUAAUUUAUACAAAUGUAAACGUUUACGUUAAACUCAGUUCUCUGUGAUUGGUACCUGGUGCAGUGGUUGACAUCUUAACCAAUCCGCCCAUCCUAAUCUACUCUUCACGCGACGCCACAACUCCAGUUCUGCAUCCUACGAGAGCACGUGAUCUCGAGUUACAGAAUGCUAAUGUGUAUAUAAAAGGUGGAAUUUAAGAGCAAGAAAAGUAAAGUCGCGAUAAGGACGCAGAUAUCAUUACAUACUAUUUUAAUCGCUGACACCAAGGGAACCGUUUGCAGGUACUAACAGUGUCGUAUUACAAGACAUUCACUGAAUAGGAGAGACGUUAAAGAAGGCUUUGUGUUUUGUUAUUUAGAAAUGAGGUCUAUAUUUGUCUCUGGUGUUGUUGUUGUUGUUGGAACACUGUUAGCAUUAGUUCAAGCUCUUGGUGCUGAGAAAGUCUUAAAUCCAGUGCUACCCGUUCGCCCGGUCCCUGCAGCGCAUUCUGGCCAAGGAAAGAUAGCUCUGAACAGCGGCGCGCGCCCUGCACAUCCGUCCAUAGAAAAUAAUAAAUGGAAUUAUCUUCUUCCCGAUAGUGAGAAUCUCGCAGUGAAUACUAAAAUCACUAAUUAUCCCCAAACCCAACACAGACGAUCCUACGAAGCACCACUUUUCUUAGGCAAACGUAACAGCCAGCAUUAUACCGCAUUUAAUCAGCGAUUAAGGAGGUCAGUCAGUUUAGAUAAUGGCGAUGACAGUGCGGAAGCCUCAGGAGAAUUUCAACAACUUUCAAGCAAACGAGGAUUUGACGUACCCCAAUUUCUUGGCAAGCGAGGUUACAACAUUCCCCAAUUCGUUGGCAAGCGCUAUGGGAUUCCUCAGUUCGUUGGCAAGCGCUAUGGUAUUCCUCAGUUUGUUGGCAAGCGAAAAUAUGACAUACCUCAGUUCCUUGGAAAGCGGGGGUAUGCUGCGCCGCAAUUUGUUGGACGACGCGCAUUCGGACCACCGCAAUUCGUUGGCAAAAGGGGUUUCUCUGCACCACAAUUUGUUGGAAAGAGGGGUUACAGUGUUCCAGCAUUUGUUGGCAAAAGAGACUAUGAUAUUCCUAGUGAUAAUGAGAAAAGGGGUUUUGGUCAACCUAUGUUUGUGGGUCGAAGAGCUUAUGACGUACCCAGUUUUGUUGGUAAACGCGGCAUUGAUGUUCCUGCAUUUAUCGGCAAGCGAAAAGAAGAAUCAUUCAGGGAUUUACUAGCUACGCUGCAGGCUUACAGAGAAUACAGGCGGCUUAUGCAAACUGAUAAGCGAUUUGAGGCGCCUCUUUUUGUUGGAAAACGAAGCGAUUCGACGUUAAGCGCACAGAGUGCCGAGGUCAACGAGCUACAGCGGUAGUGAUAACAUUUUCAAGUAAAGUGACGCAUUUUCUGCACUCGUGCUGUACAUACUGACAAUCUUUUUUUUUCUUUUUUUUUUUUUUUUUUUUUUUUUUUUUUGCAAUGGAAAUCAAAUAUUGCUGCACGAGAUAAUAGCUAAUGUUUUGAUUGAUGUCGCUGGCAUGAUGAAUAAGGAUAAUGCUAAUAUAAGAAAAGAACUUGGAAAUGUUAACUAUACCAUUUCUUUCCUAAAGAGCGCUAAUGUGUGUGCCUUGAACUUUAAUGAUUAGAAUAAUAGAGAAAGAAAGACGCUAUAUUUAAAACUUUGUGUACACGUUUCACAUCGUUCUAUUAUUUGUUAUUUAUUUUCUCCUUUAAAAAUUGUAUGUUUUGUGUUGAUUUACUGGAGAUAAAAAUACCAUCUUGUUAUUAUUCGUUUUGCUCUUUUUCAUUAUCUAGAUGAUGUACAUACCAAGAUUUAUGUCCCUUUUGAUGAUCUACACAAAGCUGCAGACAAUGCUAAAAUGGAUGAACCUAAUUUACAGUUGUGGGAUACGGAGAUGACAAAGCCGACAGGUUCUCGAUUUUUGAAUUUGGACGCUUCAAACGCGUUAGGGUUUCUGGGUCGAGGCCCCAGUCAUGUCAGUAAAAGAUAUUUGGAGUUCGUUGGGAAAAGAAACUUAGAUAAGCGCUAUGCGGAAUUUAUCGGCAAGCGUUCCGAUGUUGACGAUACAGAUGACAAAAGAUUCGAUAAAACAUCCAUUUCAGAGUACCUCAGUAAGCGAUUACGAUUACGACGACCAGAAUUUGUUGGCAAAAGAGCUCAAGCCCAAAAGCGCUAUCUGGAAUUCAUUGGUUAAUCGUUGGGUGUGUUGCGUGCUAGUUUUUAUUCAUAUGAAGGGCGGAUUUUAUCAAUUGAUCUCAUUAUUCAUGUCAAUCAAAAUAAAUCAUUGCGCAAAAAUAAUUAACAUUAUUUAUUCAUUUAUUUACUUAAUGAACAACUUUAAUUAAGCUAACCGCUUUUAUUAUUAAUCAAUAAAGGCAACUAUUGUUAAACCAUUAAAAAAAUAAUAAUAAUACCAAAAAAACUAUUAAAGAAUUUUUUUUUCUUACAAGUGUGUGAUUUUGUUUUGCUGGAAAUGAAGGAUAAAUAAAAGUUCCAAUCGCA